AUGUUAAGGAUUCCAUUGCAAAUGUACUUGGUGUUCAGGCAGUUCUUGACUAGAAAGUUUGAUUCUGGAAGUCAGAAACGUAAGAAUAGGAAACUACUUGAUGAGUUAACUAAAUCUCAAGAAGGAGCUCUUAAUAAAUUCAUUAUAAAAGAACCACAAAUUCCUGUUGAAAAUCAAAAUGUUCAUGAUAAUAUUGAUGUUGAAAUUCUUGAAAAUGUGGUUACUGCAGAAAAUAUAGAAGAUAAUGUUGAUGUUGAGGCUACUGAAAAUGAUAAUUUAUGUGUUGAAAAUGUCGAUGAUGAUAAUGUUGAUGAUAAUGAAGAUGUUGAUAGUAUUAAUGAUAUUGGGGAAAAUAUAUAUGAUCCAACAAUUUGGGAUUCUCUUGAUUCUAAAAUGACUGAUUUAUUAGCUACAAAAGGUACUAAAAGAGAUUUAACUAUUCUGAAGGAUCCUAAAGAUAAAUAUUCUAGACGUUUUACGGCUAAUUUGUUUACUAGAGUUUUAUCAAUCGGAGAGAAGUGCGAUAGAGAAUGA